AUGGUUGCGGACUCCGCCCCGCCUGCGUCGCGAUUGGCCUACCAGAACCUCCUGCAGGCCCUGGUGUACGAACGGAAGUCCAUCAAUGACGCCUACGACUCUCUUUGGGGGAUUGUGAGUCGCAACCUCGCCGACGCUGCCGAGACGACCUCCGUCAAAAACGUUUUGCACGGCCUGACCGGAAUGCUGCGCUUCAUCUUUGAGCGGCUGUACCAGCACACAAGCCAGACCGCCCUAACCUUCGUGAAGGAGAUCGGGGGGGCGGCGGAGGGUCGAUGCUCGGGCACGGUGGCGGCGCUGUACGACGCCAUUAAAGCGAAGAUGGUCGCCCCCAGGGUGCGACGGGGCGACAGCGAGCCGCAGCCGACUUCCGCCGAGGAGGGCGGGGAAAAAGUGAAGGGCGGCUGCCAGAAUCGCUACGUCUUUGCGAUUUCAUCCCACUACGCGUGGGAGACGCAGCUGGAGCUUCUAGAGGUCCUCCUACACAGGUUCAACUGCACAACUGUGGUGCUGAGGCGGUGCGAGGCGGGCAGGGAGCCAAGUGUUGCGCAGCAACUCGGGUGCAACUUCCUCGUUUCGCCGCAGGCACCCACCACCCCCUGCGCCAUCCUCCACGCAACAAGGGAGAAGUUGUUGCAGUACGCGAACCCCUCCGUCGGGGAUGAGGUUGACGACGAGCUGGAUGAGUUGCUGCGCGCACUAGACACCACCACCGCACGCCCCAGCGCCUCAUUGACAGAGGCGGCUACGGUGAAGAGCCCUGUUGCCUCCGCACCUGUUGUCUCUCGCAAUGUCCCGCGGAGUGAACUCUCUUCGUUCCCACAGCAGGCGAUGAACCUGAUUGACACGCACCCGGUGACCACGUGCCCAAGCACACAGUUUAAAGAAUUACAGCCCUGCACGCAUGCGACGAAGCGACCCCGUGCGGAGACCGUUCACACGUCGCCCGCCAUAUUUUCCACGUUAGCGGGCUCCCCGACGGAGCUGUCGCAGGUGAUUCAUUACCAACGUGAGCCCUCUGCUAAAGCUGCACCUCUGUGGAGUGCGAGCGACACAGAUAAGUUUCUCCUGGACCCCUCACAGUGGCGCUUCCAAGUUAGCAAUUCCCUUAAGGACUUAAAAGAUGAGGUUAUUAGUUCCAUUCGCCUCCUGGGUGGCCGCGUAGAUAAUGGCAAACGGUACAACCCACAAACAACCCACUUGAUCGUUGCCGAAAGAUUGGCCGAGCGCACUGAAAAAUAUUUGAGUUGCUGUGCCGCACUGAAGUACAUUGUGUCUCCCCGUUACGUUUUUGAUUCCGCGCGGCGUGGGAACUGGAUCGUUGACCGCUUACAUGAGUAUGACGAAAAUCCUCUGCGACGCUUACCAGCGUCACCCGCAAUGCCGCCAUUUCGGGGCUGGCGUGUGGUGUUGUUUACGUCCAGCGCUUCCGUGGACGCGGGCAUUGCGACUGUACUGAGGGCCGGUGGCUGUACGGAUACCACGUCCUACGUCUUUGAUGCUGCGCACACGCCUGCUAUAGACUAUAAAUGCAUAGAGUACGCCUCCCAUCUGCUGGUAGAAUGCGAAGAGGUCUCGCAAACGGGACGUUUUCUCAUCCCUACAUGGUUUCCGCACAAAUUGAAACGACAAGAUCAUAGACUGUUUUCACUAGAACUGCUACUUCAUUUAUUGUGCUUCUGCCACUCUCCCGUGUUUGGUGAAGGUGGGCGCCUGAUAAAUAUCCGGCCACUACCCCCGUCGUGUCUGCUAGACAUUCCUUGA